AUGCAGGCCACCUUCGCCGCCAAGUCCGCCACCUUCGCCCAGAACCAGGAGGUCCGCGAGCAGGAGCUGGAGGCGCUGCAGAAAGCCAUCGAGAUCAUCUCGAACCCCGCCGUGGCGGGGAGUUAUGGCGACCACGUCCAGUCUGCGCUGCCCCAGCUGGCGGCCCGGGGGCGGUCCUUCCUGCAGACGCGCAGCAGCAGGAGGCGAGCCUCGGCGCUGGACCGCGCGGCGUCGCUGCUGAGGAGGCGCGCGGGCGACCUGUCCUCCAAGAUGCUGGAGGGGCGGACCUGGCGACCAGCGUCGUGGCGAACCCGUUCGAGAAG